AUGAGUCAAAUUCUCUUCAAGGCUCCAAAAGUGUUGGGCCGCCACUAUCAGAUCCGGUUUCUAUCGGCCCAACUCGGGAAGCUUACAAGGCAUCCGACAUCCAUCUCCCCAUCACAAGAUGAGAUCAAGCAUGCACGCCUUUCUGAUCAGAAUCUAGAGGUUGCAAUGCGCAGCCUCCAUCGGGAUGGCCUUGUGGUUGUUGAAAAUGUUAUCCCCCAUGACUGCCUCAAUCGACUGAACAAAAAGAUGAUUGAAGAUGCCUACUAUCUUCGAUCCAAGAAAGGAGACACUCCAUUCAACUACAACCCCGGAAAUAUCCAGCAAGACGCUCCUCCGGUAAGAGAGUAUUUCGAGCCCAGUAUCUUCAUGAAUCCCAUCGCCACUCAAAUCACCUCGUCAGCACUAGGACCCCGCCCAAAAUGGACGUUUUGCUCGGGCAAUACCGCAAUGCCUCCAACUACAGAGAGCCCUCCGAUGUCUCAGCCUGUCCAUUCAGACGCAGACUUUGCUCAUCCAACUCAUCCUUUUGCAUACGUUAUCAAUGUUCCCCUCAUCACCAUGACCCCAGAGAAUGGCUCCACCGAGGUAUGGCUGGGAACACACACUGAAGCGGGCCUACACGUUCAAGAAGGGGCACAUGGCGAGCGUGCUAGUGGCCGCGUCAAGCUUGAUGAGCUAGAGAAGCGCCGUCUCGACCGUCCACCAUGUCAACCCAUGGUGCCAAAGGGCUCUCUCGUCGUUAGAGACCUUCGCCUUUGGCAUGCUGGAGUUGGUAACCAGACCGAGGACCCUCGAGUCAUGUUGGCAAUGAUCCACUUUGCUCCGUGGUAUAGGAACCCUAUGAAACUUGAAUUUGCGGAUGAUCUGAAGCCCAUAAUUGAGGGCCAGACCGAGCUGGAUGUUCCAGUGGACUGGGUGAGUAAGUCGGAAGCACUUUCGCGCUAUCUGAACCGUGGCUUUGGCAAUGCCUACGACUUCAACCAGCACCCUUGA